GAAUUUUCAGCUUCUGUGACCCCAGAGAGGCCAGCCAAUAGUCCUCAACCUUAAGCCAUCAAUGGGAGCAGGCACCAGCCAUGGAGAAGGACGUGAUACCCUGUGUGUAUGAUCCCUUGUAUACAAAACCAAAGCCACCUCAAGCUGCAUCCACCAGUGCCUCGAUCUCCAUGAGAAACCCAGAAGGUAGAUACAUACUACAGACCUGGGAGGAGUCUGGCUUGGAAGACCAGCUGAGGACUGGAGUGUGAGCUUUUAAGGCCCUGUCUCACUUCACUCUUACUCAAGUAUUGCACUUUACAAGAACAGCUUGAUCUAUUCCUAGAACAGCAUUGGGCCAUUCCCUAGACCCUCCCCCGCUUUCCUUUGGCUUGGUUGGGACACAGAAGCCCAGUGGUUGGAGCUGGAAGAGCAAUAGCCAAGGCCAAGGGGUGAGUGUAGAAGCUACAGGGCCCCAGAAUGGAGCCCAAUGGCACGAUUCACUCCUGUUGCUUUGAUUCUACUGUACUGAAAGUCACCAUCAGUGUGAUCCUCACCACCCUCAUCCUCAUCACCGUUGCCGGCAAUGUGGUCGUCUGCCUGGCUGUCAGCUUGAACCGUAGGCUUCGCAGUCUGACCAAUUGCUUUAUUGUGUCCUUGGCAGCCACUGACUUGCUCCUUGGCCUCCUGGUGCUGCCCUUCUCUGCCAUUUACCAGCUGUCUUUUAAGUGGAGCUUUGGCCAGGUCUUCUGCAACAUCUACACCAGCUUGGAUGUGAUGCUCUGCACAGCUUCUAUCCUCAACCUCUUCAUGAUCAGCCUGGACCGCUACUGUGCUGUCACGGACCCACUGCGGUACCCUGUGCUGGUCACCCCAGUUCGUGUUGCCAUUUCUUUGGUCUUCAUUUGGGUCAUUUCCAUCACCUUAUCCUUCCUGUCCAUUCACCUGGGGUGGAACAGCAGAAAUGAGACCAAAGGGGGCAAUGACACCUCCAAGUGCAAAGUGCAAGUCAACGAGGUAUACGGGCUGGUGGAUGGGCUGGUGACCUUCUAUCUUCCCCUUCUCAUCAUGUGUGUCACCUACUACAGAAUCUUUAGGAUUGCCAGGGAACAAGCCAAAAGGAUCAAUCACAUCAGCUCAUGGAAGGUAGCCACCAUCCGAGAGCACAAAGCCACAGUGACACUAGCUGCGGUCAUGGGAGCUUUCAUCAUCUGCUGGUUUCCCUACUUCACUACAUUUGUUUAUCGUGGGCUGAGAGGGGACGACGCCAUCAAUGAGGUGGUCGAAGGCAUUGUUCUGUGGUUGGGCUACGCUAAUUCAGCCCUGAACCCCAUCCUGUAUGCAGCCCUCAACAGAGACUUCCGCAAGGCAUACCAACAGCUCUUCCACUGCAAGCUUGCCAGACAUGACUCCCACAAAAUGUCCCUGAAGUUGAGCAGUUCUCUGCUGUCCAGGAGCCAAAGCCGAGAAGGCAGGUGGCAGGAGAAGCCCCUGAAGCUCCAGGUGUGGAGUGGGACAGAAAUCACACACCCGCAGGGAACCCCAGACAGGAAAACGGCGCUGUCCUGCACCACAUGCUCCAAUAACUUCCUAAGCUGCUGCAAGAAUCUGUGGGGACUUCCUUUCCUCCAGAAACACCCAAAGAGCACCUCAGAGGAGGAAUCGGGGGAGCCACUGUCUGAGGAGACAGAAAGGAUACCAUCACAGGAAGCAAUGGGGGUGUGGCCCUGUGAGGCUGUAUAGUUCUUGCCCAGGACACCAAGAUACGGGUCUUAUCAUUGGAUCGCCUUUCUGGAGUCCCUGUGGACCAAGCCCCCUGAACCACUGAGGACAAACUUCAGACUAAGCCUUGGGCUCACAGAGCACACAGUCCAGCCGCCCUAUGAGCAGAUUCCAGACAGGUGCUUAGGCUCAUUUAGGCUGAAUUCCUUGGGCUCAAAGAUCGCAUUGAUGAUGGCUCUGGGAGUCAUGAGCAGAGACAGAAGGACAGAAAUGUAUACACAGGUGUGCAUAGAUUGUGGGGUCU